CACGAUGGAUUGUUAUUGUUGUGAAUAAAUCGUGCUUAAUAAAACACCUGGUUUUUGAAACGUGUGUUUUAUUUUGUAUAUAAGUUAUACUUAGUGUGAAGUUAUUUCAGAAGUAGUUUAGACGCGAUGACGGGUAGAUUACUGUGUAGUGUCGCUUUAGUGGCUCAUGUAUUUGUUUUAGUUAUAUGUACAGACCCAGUAGCACAAGAGUCAUCACCAACCAGUGAAACAUCGCCAUUCGAUGAUUCUUCAAAUGACAUCAGUCUAGUCAAGCAAAAGAAAAAAUGUCAUAGAGUCAAAAAAUGUCCGAAGAACGAAGAGUAUUCUCACUGCUCGCAAUUAGUCCAACGAGCUCAAUACUGCUCGGAGAAGGGACAACCGUACCAAUACUUUGAACAGGAUACCACGUCUUGUAAGCAGGGGUGUGUCUGCAAAGAAAACUAUCUGAGGGAUGAUAAUGGGAAUUGUAUACCGGCAGAAAAAUGCCCAACCACAUGUGGUGACAACGAAGUCCUUGCCAAUUGUCCGGCAGACUGCGCUUCUGACUACUGCCCGACAGAAGAAACAAAAGAGAGUACCUUCUGUGAGCCGCAAGAAGUUUGUCCUCCACCAGCUUGCAGAUGUGCCUUCAACCAUCGCCGAGCGUCCAAUGGGACUUGUAUACCCACUAGGAGUUGUCCUCCCUUCGACUGCAGCGCAAGACCUAAUGAAGAGUUUGAUCCAUGCCCCCCUCUGUGUCCCACUGAUGACUGCAGCCAAGCUUCUCCGACUGGGGAAUGUCCACGACUCUUCGGACAAAUAGGAAUAGUACUGAUAUGCAAUCCUCAAUGCAGAUGCAAAAAAGGCUAUUGGAGACUCAAUGGCGAAUGUGUACCUUAUGGACAGUGCCCUGGAGUUUGCCCCGCCAAUGAAAGAUAUUCAGAAUGCAUACAAGGAGAGUGCAGAGCUCUGAACUGUACACAAAAGGACCAGUCAGUUCCUUGCGUCCGAUUGGACCCUAAAUUCUGCUUGAAAGGAUGUGUAUGUGAAGAAGGUUAUCUGCGAGACGAAAAUGGGGUUUGUGUACCUCAAGACCAAUGCAAAAAGGAAACUGAACCCACCACCUGCCCACCAAAUGAGCAGUUUACAGAAUGUACACAAAUAGUCUGCAGAGCACAGAAAUGUGAACAAAAGAAUUGGCCCAUACCGUGUCCGGGCAUUGCUGCAGGAUCAUGCAUUAAGGGAUGUGUGUGCCAAGACGGGUACUUGCGAGACGACAACGGUGACUGCAUACCUGAAGACAAGUGCAUACCCAAUCCCUGCCUACCAUCCGAGGAGUUUUCUAACUGCACUCAAGCAGUUUGCAGAGCUCAGAAUUGCUCAGACAAGGAUAUUCCGCAAGCGUGUCCGAGCGUUGCUGACGGCGAUUGCAAACAAGGAUGCGUGUGUCAGGAAGGGUCCUUGCGUGAUGAAUCCGGAUACUGUGUACCAGAAAGACUUUGCAGACUGAAUACAUGUCUUUUCAACGAAGAGUGGUCGAGCUGUGUUCAAUCUACCUGCAGAGCACAAAAUUGCACUCAGAAGGGACUGACUGUGGAGUGCCCGAAUUUCAAUAUAGGAGAUUGUACAUCGGGAUGCAUUUGCAAGGAAAAUUACUUGAGAGACGAAUCGGGAUUUUGUGUACCUGAGGAGAGCUGUGAUAAGAAAGAAGAACCCACUACCUGCCCACCUAACGAGGAGUUUUCAAAGUGCUUCCUACGAAUCUGCAGAGCUCAAUUCUGCCAAGAUAAGGGUCAGGACAUUCCUUGUCCAGAUAUCCCGGAGGAAUCUUGUUUAGAAGGAUGCGUGUGCAAAGAGGGCUACUUACGUAAUAAAAACGGUGAAUGCAUUGCCGAAAAUGAAUGCAGCGCUGAUCUCUGUACUGCGCACGAAGAGUUUUCUAACUGCACCCAAGCAGUUUGCAGAGCUCAGAAUUGCACAGACAAGGGAAUUCCGCAAGCAUGUCCAAGUGUGGCUGACGGUGACUGCAAGCAAGGAUGCAUUUGUAAGGAAGGAUACUUCCGUGAUAAAAACGGUUAUUGUGUACCAGAAGAACUAUGUAGCAAGGAAUGUGGAACAAAUCAAGAGCUACGUUGCAUGAACUCCUGCCCCCCUCAGAAGACUUGCAGUACUCGUAGGUUUGCCGUCACCUGUCCACCAUCCCCUUAUGUCUGCAAAUGUGUUUGUAAGCCAGGACACGUGAAGGACGAUAAUGGGCAAUGCAUUCCUGAGGAACAAUGUGAUCAAUUAUGUUCACAAAACGAAGAAUUUUCUGAAUGUGUUCAAGCUACAUGUAGACACCAAAAUUGUACUCAAAAGGGAAUGCCAUUGGGCUGUCCGGGAAUUGUAACUGGAGAUUGUAAAUCGGGAUGCAUUUGCAAAGAAAAUUACUUGAGAGAUGAAUCAGGAUUAUGUGUACCUGAGGAGAAAUGUGAUGAGGAAGAAGGCCCCAAAACCUGUCCACCGAACGAAGAUCUGGUCGAUUGCGCCAACGCUCUUUGCAGAGCACUAAACUGUAGGGAAAGAGGCACACUUCCACCCUGCCCUUCGGUCCCAAAAUGUAUUAAAGGUUGCGUCUGUAAAUACGGCUACCUUCGCGACGAAAAUGGCACCUGUGUGCCUACAGAGCAGUGUCCCGUUCCCACCUGCCAACCUAACGAAGAGUUUUCGACUUGUACUCAAGCGAUCUGUAGAGCUGAGUACUGCAGUGAAAAGAAUGAGUCCAUACCCUGUCCAGGUAUCCCGGAGGGAUCCUGCUUAGAGGGAUGCGUAUGUCGGGAAGGAUUCUUGCGUGAUCAAAAUGGAUACUGUGUACCAGAAGAACUAUGUGAUUACCAAUGUGGAAACAACCAAGAGGUACGUUGCGUGCAAUCCUGUCCCCCUGAGAGGACUUGCAAUAAUAGUGACCUUGCCGUCAGCUGUGCUCCGUCCCCUUGUGAAAACAAAUGUGUUUGCAGACCAGGCUUUGUAAAGGAUGAAAUUAACGAAUGCAUACCCGAGGAAGAAUGUCCCGGUCCCUGUAGCGAGAACGAGGUGUUUUCUAACUGCACCCAAGCAGUUUGCAGAAAUCAGAAUUGCUCAGACAAGGAUAUUCUGAAAGCGUGUCCGAGCGUUGUUGAUGGCGACUGCAUACAAGGAUGCGUGUGUCAGGAAGGAUACUUCCGUGAUGCAAACGGAUACUGUAUUCCAGAAGACCUAUGUAGUAAGGAAUGUGGAAAGAACCAAGAGCUACGUUGUGUGCAAGACUGUCCCCCUGAAGCAAAUUGCGGAAAUCGUGGCAUUGCCGUCAGCUGUGCACCGUCCCCUUGUGAUUACAAAUGUGUUUGCAAACCAGGACUCAUUAAGGAUUAUAAUGAUGAAUGCAUUCUUGAAGAACAAUGUGAUAAAUUAUGUCCACAAAACGAAGAAUUUUCUGAAUGUGUUCAAGCUACAUGUAGACACCAAAAUUGUACUCAAAAGGGAAUGCCAUUGGGCUGUCCGGGAAUUGUUACUGGAGAUUGUAAAUUGGGAUGCAUUUGCAAAGAAAAUUACUUGAGAGAUGAAUCAGGAUUAUGUGUACCUGAGGAGAAAUGUGAUGAGGACGAAGGCCCCAAAACCUGUCCACCGAACGAAGAUCUGGUCGAUUGCGCCAACGCUCUUUGCAGAGCACUAAACUGUAGGGAAAGAGGCACACUUCCACCCUGCCCUUCGGUCCCAAAAUGUAUUAAAGGUUGCGUCUGUAAAUACGGCUACCUUCGCGACGAAAAUGGCACCUGUGUGCCUACAGAGCAGUGUCCCGUUCCCACCUGCCAACCUAACGAAGAGUUUUCGACUUGUACUCAAGCGAUCUGUAGAGCUGAGUACUGCAGUGAAAAGAAUCUGUCCAUACCCUGUCCAGGUAUCCCGGAGGGAUCUUGCUUAGAGGGAUGCGUGUGUAAGGAAGGAUUCUUGCGUGAUCAAAAUAGAAACUGUGUACCAAUAGAACUAUGUGAUGACCAAUGUGGAAACAACCAAGAGGUACGUUGCGUGCAAUCCUGUCCCCCUGAGAGGACUUGCAAUAACAGUGACCUUGCCGUCAGCUGUGCUCCGUCCCCUUGUGAAAACAAAUGUGUUUGCAGACCAGGCUUUGUAAAGGAUGAAAUUAACGAAUGCAUACCCGAGGAAGAAUGUCCCGGUCCCUGUAGCGAGAACGAGGAGUUUUCUAACUGCACCCAAGCAGUUUGCAGAGCUCAGAAUUGCUCAGACAAGGAUAUUCUGAAAGCAUGUCCCAGUGUUGCUGACGGCGACUGCAUACAAGGAUGUGUAUGUCAGGAAGGAUAUUUCCGUGAUGUAAAUGGAUACUGUAUACCAGAAGACCUGUGCACUAAAGAGUGUGGAACAAACCAAGAGCUACGCUGUGUGCAAGACUGUCCCCCUGAAGCAAGUUGCGGAAAUCGUGGCAUUGCCGUCAGCUGUGCACCAUCUCCUUGCGAUUACAAAUGUGUUUGCAAACCAGGACUCAUCAAGGAUUAUAAUGACGAAUGCAUUCUUGAGGAACAAUGUGAUAAAUUAUGUCCACAAAACGAAGAAUUUUCUGAAUGUGUUCAAGCUACAUGUAGACACCAAAAUUGUACUCAAAAGGGAAUGCCAUUGGGCUGUCCGGGACUCGUUCCCGGGGCUUGUAAACCGGGAUGCAUUUGCAAAGAGAAUUAUUUACGAGAUGAAUCUGGAUCCUGUGUACCCGAGGAGGAAUGUGAUGAAGAAGAAGGCCCCAAAACCUGUCCACCUAACGAAGAUCUGGUAGAUUGCGCCAACGCUCUUUGCAGAUCACUAAACUGUAACGAAAGAAGUAUACUUCCACCUUGCCCUUCGGUCUUGAAAUGUAUAAAGGAUUGCGUCUGUAAAUAUGGAUACCUUCGCGACGAAAAUGGCGUCUGCGUGCCUAAAGAGCAGUGUCCCAUUCCCACCUGCCAAUCUAACGAGGAGUUUUCGACUUGUACUCAAGCGAUCUGUAGAGCUGAGUACUGCAGUGAAAAGAAUCAGUCCAUACCCUGUCCAGGUAUCCCGGAGGGAUCUUGCUUAGAGGGAUGCGUAUGUCGGGAAGGAUUCUUGCGUGAUCAAAAUGGAUACUGUGUACCAGAAGAACUAUGUGAUUACCAAUGUGGAAACAACCAAGAGGUACGUUGCGUGCAAUCCUGUCCCCCUGAGAGGACUUGCAAUAAUAGUGACCUUGCCGUCAGCUGUGCUCCGUCCCCUUGUGAAAACAAAUGUGUUUGCAGACCAGGCUUUGUAAAGGAUGAAAUUAACGAAUGCAUACCUGAGGAAGAAUGUCCCGGUCCCUGUAGCGAGAACGAGGUGUUUUCUAACUGCACCCAAGCAGUUUGCAGAAAUCAGAAUUGCUCAGACAAGGAUAUUCUGAAAGCGUGUCCGAGCGUUGCUGACGGCGACUGCAAACAAGGAUGCGUGUGUCAGGAAGGAUAUUUCCGUGAUGCAAACGGAUACUGUAUUCCAGAAGACCUAUGUAGUAAGGAAUGUGGAACAAACAAAGAGCUACGGUGCGUGCAGUCUUGUCCUCCUGAAGUAAAUUGUGGAAAUCGUGACCUUGCCGUCAGCUGUGCUCCAUCCCCUUGUGAUUACAAAUGUGUUUGCAAGCCAGGACUCAUCAAGGAUUAUAAUGACGAAUGCAUUCCUGAAGAACAAUGUGAUAAAUUAUGUCCACAAAACGAAGAAUUUUCUGAAUGUGUUCAAGCUACAUGUAGACACCAAAAUUGUACUCAAAAGGGAAUGCCAUUGGGCUGUCCGGGAAUUGUUACUGGAGAUUGUAAAUUGGGAUGCAUUUGCAAAGAAAAUUACUUGAGAGAUGAAUCAGGAUUAUGUGUACCUGAGGAGAAAUGUGAUGAGGAAGAAGGCCCCAAAACCUGUCCACCGAACGAAGAUCUGGUAGACUGCGCCAACGCUCUUUGCAGAUCACUAAACUGUAACGAAAGAGGUAUACUUCCACCUUGCCCUUCGGUCUCAAAAUGUAUAAAGGAUUGCGUCUGUAAAUAUGGCUACCUUCGCGACGAAAAUGGCGUUUGUGUGCCUAAAGAACAGUGCCCCGUGCCUACCUGCCCGUCUAACGAGCAGUUUUCAGAUUGCACUCAAGUACUCUGUAGAGCACAGUACUGCACUGAAAAGGAUGGGCCUGUAUUCUGCCCGAGUAUCUCGGAGGGGUCUUGUCAAGAGGGAUGUGUAUGCAAGGAAGGUUAUUUGCGUGAUGACGAUGGUAAAUGCGUUGCUGAAAGUGAAUGCAAAGCUGUUACCUGUCCACCUAAUGAAGAAUUUUCAGAAUGUGCCAACGCUGUUUGCAGACCACUGAAUUGUACGCAUAGAGGUCUAUUCUUGCCUUGCCCUCAAGUCUCAGGUUGUGACAAAGAAUGCAUCUGUAAGGAAGGAUUCCUUCGCGAUAAAAAUGGUGAUUGCGUACCUGAAGACCAGUGUCCUCCUCAAAUAACCUGUAGCGAAAAUGAAGUUUUGGACGCUUGUCCAUCAAAAUGUACUUCGGAUUAUUGCCCAAAGUCACCUAAUGAAAAAGAGACAUGUCUUCCAUUAUUCCCCUGCACCCCGGCUUGUAGAUGCAGGUUUAAUGAAAAGCGAGCUGAGAACGGCACUUGCAUACCCACUUCCAGCUGUCCUCCCUUUGACUGCAGUGACUUUCCGAAUGAAGAGUAUGUCGCCUGCCCACCUUACUGCCCUACCGAUGAAUGUGGCCAACCUAGGCUUAAAGGUCGAUGCCCGUUCAGAAUAGGCGUUGUUCUGGAAUGUUUCCCAAAAUGUCAGUGCAAGGAAGGAUACGGCAGAGUUAAUGGAACUUGCAUACCUUUUGAAGAAUGCCCUGACCUUUGCCCUGCCAAUGAAGAGUAUUCCCCAUGCGUGGAAAAGACCUGCAGACCCCAAAACUGUUCAGAAAGAGACACGAAAAUUGAAAACUGUUCUCCUUGUACCGCAACUCCGUGUCACAGAGGCUGUGUAUGCAAGGAGAAUUACUACAGAAAUGAAAAAGGUGACUGCGUCCCCUCUGAGGAGUGUGAAGCUUCCCUCUGCCCAAAUGCCAACGAAGUGUACACGUCAAACUUCAAGGAAUGUCCUCCAAAUACCUGCAACUCCUUAGUAGCCAAGUACAAAUGUGACGCAAACCAGAAGGAGAGACCAGGGUGCCUCUGUGCCUCAGGAUACUUAAGAUUAAACACAACUUCACCAUGUAUACCUCUGUGUGACUGUCCAGAAAUGGCUAGUUCCCCAGAUUGUCUUAAAUAAAAUCUUUCAUUAUCAGCCUAGUAUUUUAAAGCCACAUUGAGGACGGCUUCCAGUCUAAUCAGAUCGUGUCGUACAUGGAUCGACUGUCAAUCUUAUCUUCAUAAAAUAGCUGUCACGGAAUCCUUGCUAAGACUGGUUGGUUUACCUGUCUUCUAUUUAAUCAUUAAAAUAUGUUCGAGUGACUAUUAGGAUCCACGGCUUAACGUGGUUACCGAAGCAAGGUUGAACUCGUUAUGGUUUCAGCCUUUUAAAAUUUACAAUUAAAUCUUUAAUACAUGCA